CUCUCGGAUAUCAUCUUCAAAUCUGAUCAGGUUUAACACAUAAGAUUCACAAUCGAAUAUCACACAGUGGUGAUAGAGGAGAUUAAGAAAAUGGAUGGAGAAUGGGUUGCUGUUUGCAAAAUGAGCAACGGAGAUCUGGUGGCAGAUAAUGGAUACGCUUACGUCUCUAUAGCAGUUCAAUACAUGCUUGUUGGUGUAUCUGACAUGAGAAGUGAUGAUAAGCCAAUGCAUUUCCUUACCAAUUUCGUUAUAAAGAUGGUGGAGGCAAAUGAGAAUGACAUAGAGGGUGCAAAAAGUAAGCGAAACCCGGAAGAUGAUUUGGAGACCAAACCCUUUCUCAAGAAACAUAAGGACAAGGAGGAAACAACCAAAGGACUUGCUAAUGAUAGUCUCCAGCACAAGUCUGAUCAGGAAGAGACAGUGGAAGGACUUAAUGACACUCCCGAUUUUGUUGAGGAAGCUGCCACAAGAAACAUAACGGCUUUGAAGGCGGUUCAAGAUCAGUUCCAUGUCCCGGGAAAACGGUUUCUCGGAUUUUUCAGUCAGAAAUUGUUCAAGAAAAAGACAAGUAGCAAUGGGUCAGAUCAAGAUUCACCAAACAGAGGGUUAAGAGACAUUGAUAUUGUGUAAGUAAACGUUAUGUGACGAGAAUUAGAUCGAAACUUCGUGUGUUUUUAGCUCUGUAAUGAUAAAUUUAUACAGAUUCCAGUGAAUAUGAAACUGUUUCGAUAAUCUAACAAAUGUUUUACACUCAGCUUUUUCUUGAUGAUGUGUUGUUCCUCAGAAACAGCAGAACCGUUUCUUCUGCAAUAGAAAUAGCAAGCACUU